UGGCAGUGAUGUUGGCUAGCCCUGUAGGCCGGAUAUCGAGGACUAGCAUGGGGAUAAAUUAAGACGAGACUGUCACUUAAAACACGCUUUAGUGCAGAUACGGUAAGUAGUCUCUUGACACAUGCUGAUACGAGCUAGAUCCCUCGGGAAUACGAAAUACCCAUCAUCAAAAAAGGAAAAGUCGCUUAAACCCAUCUCGCUUCUCGGCUGAGUCGGCGACAUGAAACAACGGCCCACGGUGGGCCGAGUUACGGCAGUACCAAUGAGCUGACGGGCUACGGUGGCCCGCGGGCAGGGGGGAUGCAGCAAACGCUUGGACGAGUCAACUAUGACGAGCUAGCACAGCCUAUUCAUACUGGUGAUGUUAUAAGUCAAUCCAGGCUCCCAAGUAUGUAGCUCUGGUUAGCUGUCUCGUAACAAAUGGAUCACCAUGGCCACCACUCAACCUCAAGAUCAACCACGGAAGAAGCGAACUAGAGCCAAGGUUCCCAAGGUCAGAACAGGUUGCAAAACUUGCAGACGUCGCCACUUGAAAUGCGACGAAGCAAAGCCGUCCUGCCUUCGUUGCUUGAGAGACAAAUGGACAUGCGAUGGUUAUUCGCAGUCCAGCCCUGAACCGCUUUAUGGAAGUGCCAGUUCUUCCUACGAACUACCUCUGCAUCUGAAACCUGACCAAGUCGACUGUCAACCCAGUACAUCAUUACGCCCAGCUCUUGCGGACGGUAUUCUGGUCAAUGCAGCCGACAAUGCUCUCUAUUACCAUACGAGAGAGUGGGUGAUUCCCGAUCUCGAGAUGAUUGAUGGCUCAAGAGAGUUCUGGCACGACAUCAUAUUACCACUGUCAUACUCAAACACUGCCAUCAAGCAUGCGCUAUGUGCACUGGGGGCUUCUCAUCAGCGGUUCCUCGCAUCGUACCCAGGGAACCUAACCAACUUGGACCAUUCCAUCGACUACGACUAUCAAGCGAAUCUCAAAUACAGCGAAGCUAUUGCCCUAAUACGACCAGUUAUGGCAGAGAAUUCUGCUUCCAACAUACAAACCGCAUUACUAUGUUGUACCAUAUUUAUAUGCAUCGAGAACUUGCACCGUCGUUACGCUGACUCGGUGCGCCACCUUCGCGCCGGUUAUCAACUUCUAGAAUCACUACGCGCUACUCGAUCGCCGGAAGCAUCACCGAACGGAACGAGCUGCCCACUAGAAGACCAUAACACCAGAGUUUUUAAGACAUUAGCCGCAAUGUUCUCCUCUCUGGGAAAGAGUGUCGGUGCUUUCACUGGGGACACCUCUUUCUCCAAUGUGACUCGGUGCGCUCCAGAGAUAGAUAUGGGCAAUACCAAAACGCCCUUCUUAACUAUUACUGAGGCUGAAGACUCUCUAUCAGCCAUGAACGCAUUCUUCGACGACUGCCUAUUUGGCAGAGACACUCUGAACCACACCGAUCAGAAGGUUGGCUGCAAGAGCCUUGCACAAUCCGCAACCGAAUCUUUAACCCAUGCUCUAGAUCUAAUAAGACCCGUCUUCCUUUCAUGGAGUACAAAGAUGCAGCUCUUCGUCAUGUCUGUCCAAAUAACACCAUUUGGAGCCCAAGAGAAACGCCGCUUGGCAGUGUUAUCACUGUAUCAGACAACAUGGUCAGCUUUCCUCAACACGGACUCUCACGACGCAGGCUUCAGCAAGAGCGACUACGAAAGUAUACUCAAUAAGAUUGAGCAGAUUGUUACGCUGGAGAACUCCCAGACCCGGCCGGUCUUUGCUUUUGACGGCCAUCUAGUUCGCGAGCUUUCUACGAUCUGCGCUUCAUGUACGGAUGCCGAGAUUCGGAAUAGAUCGAUCAUGAUCUUACGGUCCAUGAAUAGACGUGAGGGAGUGUGGGAUAGUUGGGAGGUAGCGAACAUCUACGAGAAAGUCUUUAGAGGACUUGAAGACAAUACUUUGUCACUUGACGACCUGCCAUGGGGUUUAACACAGCUGUUGAAAGAGCUCUCCAAUUAAAACUUAAUGCCCAUCCAAAAUACACGAUAUGAUGACUUUUG